GCCAGUAACGCGCCGAGCGUCGUCGUGGGAGGGUGACUUUUUUUCCCCGUCGCUCGCGCACACUUGGCGCCAAGUUGGAGCAACGAAACGGAGAGCAGCCAAACCGCGUGAUUCCUCGCGGAGCGCGUGUCUUAAUUAACAGCCACCCGGCAAUUCUAACUCGACCUGAGUUGAUAGGGGUGGAUUGCCGUUGCCGUACAUUACAGCAAGUGCUAAAGAGAGAACGCGUCGUCAUGGGUACCGUGUGUUGUGCCCCGCGGGUGUAGAGUGCGGAUUGCGCGCGAUCGGGCGAGGGGGAUAAGAAAAGGGAGAUAGAACGAAGCUGGCGUGUUGAGAAAGGACCGAGGAUACAGAAGAUACGCGCGGGUUAAACCGCGACCCGCCGCGGAGGUGAAGUCGCCUCUCGUUGUCGUGGAGGAGCGCGAAGGAGAGAAACGGAGCCGGCGGUACGGGCAAGAGACAGAGAGACGCACAGAGAGAGAGACGAUAAUGUGGAGCCGUUGCUUCCGUCUUCAGCGACAAGUCGACGUUCGGAUUCGCUCGUAAUCGAGCAGGAAGAUCUAACGGUCAGAAAUGACGCGAAGAAGAACGUUUAUUUUCGCAUUAGGAGUAUGCAUAGGCACUUUACUACUACACUUUGACAAUGUGGUGGCGGAAGUUACGGAAGCAUCGGUUGCAUCCGAGAAAUCUGAAUCCCAAAAAGCAUCGACUCCCCCAGAAUCUACGACAAUUCUAACAAGAGUUUCUUCGAUCCAUCAAAAUCGAUCAAUUGCCGGCAACGAUGGAAGAAAUAUCGAGUCGACGAAUCGAAAAAUUCAUGAUGCAGAACAUAAAUCACACAGUAUUAUUGACAACAUAAAUCAGGAAAGAAAAGCUGAUAUAGUAAUAUCUACGAAUUUGCACGUAGAAAAGCCAAGCGAUGAAUUCGAAAAUUUAUCUGAUGGAAACAGGAGACCGAGAUACGGAGAAAUUGCUAUUGAAAGCUCCGGGAAAAGCACCAGCACGAAAGUUGUCUCCGAAGAUCUUCUGAGACUCUCCAGGAAAAACGAGUUAACUGCGGCGACUGCGAAAUCAGCUUUAAAUGAUUCGAAGCAGGACGGUAAAAACCUAGACGAUGCAAUGAUUCAAGAAUCUUCUAAUCGUGAAAAAAUAUCGGAUGCAACGGAGACCAUGUCUUCAAAUACAAAGGAAAAAAUUCUUAACGAGAAGUUAUUCACAAACAUUAUGGAAACUUCAGAAUCUGAAAAUCAGAAUCAGAAAGAAGUAGGAAAAGAGUCUUCCAUCAAAUAUGAAGAGAAGAAUAAUGUAAAUGCGAGCAAACAAGAGAUACCGACCGUCAGGUCUAUCGGAGAUUUCUUCUCGACGACUUCGAAAUCGAUAUCUGAGGACGCUCUCAGAUCCGACGAAAAGAAGGACAAAAUUAUAAAACUUGAUCAUAAGGAAAUUGCUUCAAGAAAGGAUAAAAAUAUAAUCUUGACUGACUUGAAAGAGGAAGUGGAGGAUCGAGAAUCAACCACGGUGCGUGGUGAAAAUUCCACAGGAUUUCAAAAAAAUGCAAAUGAUCUAGGAACGACGGCAUCUGAAGUGCACGAUUUAGAAAAGGUCGACGAGAAGAGACACGAGGGAGCCGUUUCAUUAGUUAACGACACAUACGUGAACUACAAUCAUUAUUAUAAGAAUGUGACAGAGAUAAAUCCUAAAGCUGGCCCAGGAAACCAUUCGAUUGACGUGAAUGAAUCGCGCGAGAAAAGCGAUCCGAAAGAAGAAGUGGAGAUCGUUAAGAACGUGACUCAUCUACCGGCAUUGAAGAUUGUGACUACCAUCAACAAUACUGCGAAGAACGAUUCUCACAUCAAUGAGCUGAGCAAUCAGAGGGGAGCCCUUUAUGUUAAGAAGAAAGAAGAGACUACCGCAAAAAAUGAAAAUUAUCGUGAGCAAAGCAUAGACUCCUCCAUUUCCGACAUGACUACUAAAAGUACAGGUAGUAUGGAGGAAUGGAAAUUGAUAGGAGAGCCUGAGAGCCAGGUGAAGUUGCCCGAAGCAACGACUCAAAAUGUACGACUUGAAGAACACUCCUCAUUCGUUCCUGAAACUACUCCUAGUCUAGUUCCACAAGGCAGAACUAUCGGAUUUUCCGGGGUUAACGAGUUUUCCAAUAUCGAGGCGAAGUCUACAGCUUCAGCGAGGAUCGAUGGAGGAUCAUUGGCUACUCAAAGUCUACGAAACAGCACGGAAAAAAUUGCUCAAAAACCUUAUCCGUAUUUGAAAUCUAGCAGGGGAUCGUUUCAGGCGGUAACAGAAGCUAGUUUAAAGUUAAAGAAGGAAGUCGUUACGGAGGAAACUUCCGCUUAUGAAAACACGAUCGGAAGAGGGGAGUCCGAGAAGAAGCUCAUCGUCACGGAACCUUCGGUCGUAAUCGAGAACAGCAUUCAACAGCACAGGUCGAACAAGAAAAAUGUAAACGAGUCCACGAGUUCUACGACGAAGAGCAUCUCCUCUUUGAUACCAGUGACGGCAAUCCCAAUUGUCUCGGUCGCCGCUGAACCAACGAACGAAACUUUUCCGGGAGAAUUUAACGGCAGCGUGAAAGCCGCGGAAAUAAAGCGCGCAAAGUCAAACGAGAAUGACACACCAGGUGCGAAAGAGAAGGAGAAAGUGAUUGUAGGUAGAGACGAAGGCUACGACGUGACUGGAAAUGGAAUAACGGAAGUGAGCCUGACACCGGAUGGCAAAGAAGUGAAAUCACAUUCCAGCGAAGCGACAGAAUCGUCAACGUUGCGUUCCACAGACACUAAUACAUCUAAGCCGGUAUCUCUAAAUACCGAUGUUCAGAUGGAACCGGAAGAAGCUAUGAUGAUUCGCUCAACUUUUGGCGUUACCGAAUCCACGAGUGUAGUUCCUUUGGACAAGAACGUGACGACAGAAACGAAUAAGUCUAGAACUUCGACAACGUCGGCAGCAGAAGUCAAUACGACCGCCACGGUGCUUACUGAAAAUUCCACGGAAUCGGCCCCGAAAACGAAUGUUACGCUGCGACCUUCUUCGAAUGCUAAUUACACCACUGAAUCUACCUCUGCCACUUUAAAUCCCGACGAAUCCUCAAUACCGACAACGACGUCCGUCGAAUUCGAGUUUGUCAGUCUCACGGAGGCGAUCUCUUCAGAAAGUAACGCGACCGAGAGAAAUGUCGCGGGAACUUUCGAACAGCAAACGAUGCCUUCGAAGACGACAACAAUUCAUAAUCCAUCCAUGAAUAACUCGACUGAUGACGCGGUUAUCACGAUGAAAUCGAUGGAACCCACUGAACUUCCGAUGACGACCGAAGAGGGAACUCCAACGACAAAUCAAGUGUUGGAUGUGCACCGCGGGGACAACGAAACUACCAGAGAUCUUGCAGUUACUCAGGCUACUUCUGAGAGUCAAAGUAAUCGCACCGAGUUCACGAGGAACGAAGUUACUGUAAGCGGUAUCGAUUUUACCAGCGCCGUCGCCAAUGAUGCAACUAGAGCCUCCGGCGUUACGGAGGAUCCUUCAAAAUCUAAGGAUUUAAGUUUCGAUGCGAACAUCACCGAGACAUCUGCCCCAGGCGCGACGGAACUUCCGCCGAAUACGAGCGUCAGAAUAAUGACGAACGUUACAAAGAGACCUUCGACUACGACUACUUUGGAGCCGAUAGUACUCUGGAGUACACCAGGCUUUACGGAAUCGCCCGAGGAAGAUAUAACGGAAAGUAUUCAGCCUCUGUCGCCGGACGAGAUCACGUUGUUGGUUAAAAUAGUCAUUGAGGGCACAUUACACGAGGUCUGUCCUCGAUUAUCUGAUCUGAAAAAGGCUCUUGCGAAUAUCCUUAGAGAAGGAUUGGACAAGCCUUUGCAGCCAGGACAAAUUAUGAUUCAUCAAAAUCCAUGUCCUGAGCAAAAUUCGUCACCGACACCCACAGAAGUUUCCCUAAUCACGAUCUACGUUUACGUUGUCGAUGAGGAUGGCAAGUUUGACGCCGCUAUGACAAAGAUUUUACCAAGUUUAUACAAGGUGUCUCCCAGUGAGAACUUCCCAGUGAGAAUACACAAGUUUCUUCUGGUACCGGAAGCGGAUUCUGGAAACGCAAUAGCGGUUAUCGUGGUCUCCUCCGUGGCCUUCAUCUGCCUGCUUCUUUUAGCCGGUCUUCUGUUUAUAAUGAGAAAGAGGCAAACGAGGUUCAAUUACGGAGAACGGUGCCGGCCAGUAUCCUUGGACGCCUACAGCCUCGAUAGCGUUUCGGCGUAUAAUAGCGUAAGGCGCAAAGGUGCGGCAAGAUCUUCCAAGAGAAGUUAUGGCAAUCCGACUUUCGAAGAUUCGAGCGCCAUUCCCUCUCAUCCCCUCAACUUCGCCGGGCUUUCAUCUUUCUGUAACGACGUUAAUGCAAUCAACGACGAGUUCGCGGGCAUACCUCAGGUUUCGGCAAAGAUAGACGAGCUACCCCCGGGCGCGGAGGUAAAGAAUAGAUAUGCGAACGUGAUACCGCUUCCGGAGACAAGGGUGCCGUUGCAGAGGCUGAACAAUGAUCCUUUGACCGAGUACAUCAACGCCAGUUACGUGCGGGGACCCAAGAACGCCACAAAGUAUUAUAUUGCGUGCCAAGCGCCAAUAGAGUCGACCGUUACCGACUUUUGGCGAAUGAUUUGGGAGCAGCAGUCCAAGGUGAUUAUUAUGCUAACCGAUCUCGUCGAAAAUGAAGUAGAAAAAUGUACAGAAUACAUUCCACCCUCGGAAGUGACAGACUGUCAUCGACUUUACGGUGAUUUCCAAGUUACCCUGAAGAAGCGAGAAGCUAAAGAGAAAUACGCUAUUUCUACUCUUCAACUAAAGAAUUUGGAGAAUAAUACGUUCCGAGAAGUAUUCCACAUUUGGUACCUAUGGCCGGUGAGUGGCGUUCAAUCAGACGGUACAGGCCUAAUAGCGGUGCUCCUCGAGGCGAGGGCACUCCAACGAGGUGGCCCUGGGCCGAUCGUGGUCCAUUGUAGUCCUGGAACAGGACGCACUGGCACGCUAAUAGCUCUCGAUCUAGGAAUUAGACAAUAUGAAAUUACGAGGACCGUGGACGUGCCAAGGGUCGUUUACACUAUUAGGAGAGACCGGGCUGGCUCAGUUCAGACCAAGGAGCAAUAUGCUUUUAUAUAUAAGGCACUAAACUUGUAUGCAACAAAACUCGCUGGUGGCGUGCUAGAGUCAACGUGAAGCAGAAGUUCGUCAAAGUCAAGAUUUGCGGAAAUGGACAUCACUUGACGAGAAUCGACUGUUUGGUUAGCAAAUAGUGUGUCAACAUACGUUGAAACCUUUACCUAAGGUUUCCGUAUCCUGACAGAUAAAAUGCGCAGGUUACUGCUCAUAAAGGAAGUAACUAC